AUGACAAGUGCCGAUGUAGGGGAUGAUCCUGACCCCACUGAAUACUUGUUCAUAUCCUUGGAACAAAAGCGAAAGGACCAAACUAAGCCCUAUGAUGCCAAGAAAGCAUGCUGGGUCCCCGAUGAUAAGGACGGCUUCGUUCUUGGGGAGCUCAAGGGAACUAAGGGGGACAUGGCCACCGUCGGCCUGCCUGGUGGAGAAGAUAAGACGCUCAAGAAAGACCUGCUGCAGCAGGUGAACCCCCCGAAAUUCGAGAAGUGCGAGGACAUGUCCAAUUUGACCUACUUGAAUGACGCGUCUGUCUUGCACAACCUCAAACAACGUUACUACUUCAAACUCAUCUACACCUACUCAGGGCUGUUCUGUGUGGCCAUCAACCCAUACAAGAGAUUUCCGAUCUACACGAACCGGGUGGUUCAAAUCUACAAAUCAAAGAGGAGGAAUGAAGUCCCGCCUCAUAUCUUCGCCAUCUCUGACGGUGCCUACAACGACAUGUUGAACAACCGAGAGAACCAGUCCAUGUUGAUCACAGGUGAAUCUGGUGCCGGUAAGACUGAGAACACGAAGAAAGUAAUUGCAUACUUUGCUAAUGUCGGUGCCUCAACGAAAAAGCCCAAGGAAGGGGAAGCACCAAAGAAGGGGAACUUGGAGGACCAGGUCGUGCAGACCAACCCCGUACUGGAAGCCUUUGGUAACGCCAAGACUGUGCGUAAUGACAACUCAUCUCGAUUCUCACGUUUCUCAGCAUCCAUCCACGACUUUCUCCCUCCAAUAGGACCGAAUAACUUCAUCGCUAUUGUCUCUUCGUCGAUAGAUCUGCUGGAGAAGGCUCGUGUGAUCUCCCAGCAGCCCUUGGAGAGAUCAUACCAUAUCUUCUACCAAAUCAUGUGCUUUGAUCACUUUUCAGAAAUGUGUCAUUUGGAUCCUGAUAUACACAAAUACCACUUCGUGUCUCAAGGGAAAACCACGAUUCCCAACGUAGAUGACGGCGAAGAGUUGGAUAUCACCGACACUGCCUUCGACGUGUUGGGCUUUACCCAAGAGGAGAAGGACAAUGUUUACAAGGUCACGGCUGCUGUCAUGCACAUGGGUGAGAUGAAGUUCAAGCAGAGAGGCCGAGAGGAACAGGCUGAGGCAGACGGCACUGAGGCGGGAAUGAACGCUGCCAUCCUGCUGGGUUUGGAGGGCGAAGAGCUGUACAGGAACCUUCUGAAGCCGAAGAUCAAGGUCGGUAACGAAUUCGUCACGCAGGGGAGAAACAAGGAUCAGUGCUCAUAUUCGGUGGGUGCCCUGUCCAAGGCCAUGUAUGAUAGGGUCUUCAAGUGGCUCGUCAAGAGGUGUAACGAAACUCUGGACACUCAACAGAAGAGACAGCACUUCAUCGGUGUGCUGGAUAUUGCCGGUUUCGAGAUCUUCGACUUCAAUAGCUUUGAACAGCUCUGCAUCAACUUCACCAACGAGAAGCUGCAGCAAUUCUUUAACCAUCACAUGUUCGUACUGGAACAAGAAGAGUAUAAGCGAGAGGGAAUCGAAUGGACAUUUAUCGAUUUCGGCAUGGACUUGCAAGCCUGUAUCGAAUUGAUCGAAAAGUUCAACGGGUUCGAGCAGCUUUGCAUCAAUUUCACCAACGAGAAACUGCAGCAGUUUUUCAAUCAUCAUAUGUUCGUAUUGGAGCAAGAAGAGUACAAACGGGAGGGUAUCGAAUGGGUCUUUAUCGACUUCGGUAUGGACUUACAAGCCUGCAUCGAGCUCAUCGAAAAGUUCAAUGGCUUCGAGCAACUGUGCAUCAAUUUCACAAACGAGAAGCUCCAGCAGUUUUUCAACCACCACAUGUUUGUGCUGGAGCAAGAGGAAUACAAACGAGAAGGGAUCGACUGGGUUUUCAUUGAUUUUGGGCUUGAUCUUCAAGCCUGCAUUGAGUUGAUUGAAAAGCCUAUGGGUAUUAUGUCCAUCCUGGAGGAAGAGAGUAUGUUCCCCAAGGCCACGGACAAGACCUUUGAAGAAAAGUUGAAGACAAACCACUUGGGAAAAUCUCCCAACUUUGUCAAGCCGAAACCACCAAAACCAGGCUGUGCUGAGGCACACUUCGCCAUCGUUCACUAUGCCGGAACCGUGCCCUACAACCUAACGGGGUGGCUCGAGAAGAACAAGGAUCCUCUGAACGACACCGUUGUCGACCAAUACAAGAAGGGAAGCAACAAACUUCUUGUUGAGAUCUUUGCGGAUCAUCCAGGCCAGUCUGGCGGUGCCGAUGCAGGUGGCAAAGACACCAACUGGAUCGAUCCACAAAACUAA